ACGGUUAAACAUAACGUUCGUGAAUUUCGACUCGAAAAGCGGGUUUCUCGUGCGCGCUCUCCUUUUUUUUAACGUGUUUGUGUUGUGUGUGCUUGGCGUGCGGCUAACUUUGUUGUCGUUCUUCUGGUGUUGUUGUUGCCUUUGGUAACAACGUGCGACGCGCGCCUUAAUAAACAACAAAAAUAAUACGUUUAUCACAUGGAAUUUGUUUUGAAACCAAAUGCAUAACUAAAUUCUAAAAGUUGCACCUGAAACAAGAGGGAAGAAAGCCCAAUAUCAACGUGAGGAGUGAGGAAAUCAAAGUAGGAACAACAACAACGACCACAAUUCUGUCAAACACUGGAUUUUACAAUCCCACCCAAGAACCCCAAAACCCAAGAUCAAAUAGGCUGUGCCUUUUUGCCGAAUCGAAUGUCAACUGGUUUGAGCUCAAGUCAAAUCAUUUUCGUAUACCUUCAUAGCAAGACAACACACAAUACCGUUUGAAAAUAAAAUUCCAACCAAGAUGCCGAAUAAAAAAUUUCCAAAAAUGUCGCAGGCUCAACUAAAACUUUUGAUAAAAAAACAAAAUCAGACUUUUGAAAAGCCCAUGAUAAUUCUUCAGCCGCCGAGGUAUAUACAGCAGCCGCCGAUUAGGGAGUUCAGUCGAGGAACGAAAUCGGUUUCCCCCAAGAAGAAGACCAAAGCGGAGGUUCGCCCUGUAACUCCAACUCAGAACAUUGGAAAGCCUAUAACUACUUUUCAGCCGCUGUGGCAAAAAAAGCAGCCGCCGGCUAAGAAGUUCAACGGGGGAUCUAAUCCGGUUUCCCCCAAAAAGCAGACCAAAACGGAGGCUCGUCCUGUAACUCCAAAUCAGAAUAUUGAAAAGCCUAUGACUAUUCCUCAGCCGUCGUGGUAUAUACAGCAGCCGCCGACCAUGGAGUUCAAUCCGGGAUCAAAUCCGGUUUCCCCCAAGAAGCAGGCAUUCCCGGAGCUUCGUCCCGUAACUCCAACUCGGAAUAUUGAAAAGCCCAUGACAAUUCUUCAGCCGCCGCCGUAUAUACAGCAACAGCCGAUUAUGGAGUUCAACCGGGGAUCGAAUCCGGUUUCCCCGAAGAAGCAGGUUUCCCCGAAGAAGCAGAUUAGACCGGAGGUUCGUCCUGGAACUCCAAUUCAGAAUUUUGAAAAUCCCAUCACAAUACUUCAGCCGCCGUGGUCUAUACAGCAGCCGCCGCUUAUGGAGUUCAGUCCGGGAACGAUUUGGGUUUCCCCCAAGAAGCAGGGUAAGCCGAAGGUUCCUCCUGAAACUCCGACUUCUGACACUACUGGAAAAUGGCAGCAAAACGUUGAUAUGGAGGUGCUGGUGCCGAUGAAAGAGGAACCGCUACAGAAGAAGCAGGUGGCUCAAACCCAGCUAAUGAGUCUUUGGCAGGAUGAUGCCAAGCAAAAGGAACAGAAUCCGGAAAAUGAUGCCAAGCAAAAGAAACGGAACCCGAAGAAUGAUGGCACACAAAAGAAACAGAGCCUGAAGAAUGAUGGCAAGCAAAAGAAACAGAAGCUGAAGAAUGAUGCCAAGCUGGGAGAAAAGAACCUGGAGGAUGAUGGCAAGCAAGGUUCCGAAAAGCAAGUUAAGCGUAAACAUGACAAAGACCGUGGUAAGGAUCGUAAGGAGCAAGCUGCUAACGAGGACUCAUCUGGGUAUCAAGUCGGCCACAUCCGGGAUAAAAACCAGCAGCUGUCCGGAUCCUUCAGCUCUUCUUUGUCAUCAUCAACAGCCACAUCGUCAUCGUCAUCUGCCUCGAGCAAUGGUCCAAAAGCGGAUGUGCUCCUUGCCAAUUUUCCGAGCCUCGAGACAUUGCAGAAAACCGCCUGGGAUUUCUUUUCCCAUCCCGAACUUAAACCGGUUGAGACUCCGCUCUCGACCGAGGUGCCCACAACACCUCAGGUCAAGGAGACCAAUCCGAAGGAUUUGAAUUCGAUUCCCCUUCAACCUCCGCCCUUGGAUCUGAGGGCCCUCAACUUGGCCUUUGAAAACUUAGCUGUUUCGUAUCUUUGGAACCAGGAGCCAGGAGCCGAGGAGUUCAGCCGACCGCCAUCGGGAGACAGCAUCAUCGAUGAAUAUAUAAGGCCCAAUUUUAAGCUGACUAAGGAGCAGAAGCUUCGCCUGCAGGCGAUCGUCUCGCAGCAGGAUAUUCCGCUGGAGGUGGCCCUCAUGACCAUUGUCCAGGAUCUGCGCAAGGAGCGACUGGCUCGGGAGGCGGCAGCAGCACCAGCGCCACCUGAAUAUCCCUACAUUCAGGGAUAUCCGGCUACGCCUUCAUAUUCGCUGGACGGUGCUCAUCAAUCCCAGCCGGAAUACGGAUACAACUCGCAGCCGACAAAUGGUUACUACUGGCAGCAGGGAGACGGCUACGGCUACCAAUCCCAGCCGGGAUAUGGCUAUGAUCCUAAUACCAAUUCUCAACCGAUGAUGGACACCGGGAAGGCGGUGCCCAUGCCACCGGAUCUUAGCCGUCCGCCGCCGGGCUAUCCGAUGCAGCAGCAGCCUGACUAUUCGAUGCAGCAACAGCCUGGCUUUCCGAUGCAGCAACAGCCUGGCUAUCCGAUGCAGCAACAGGCUAGCUAUCCGAUGCAACAGCAGCCUGGCUUUCCGAUGCAGCAACAGCCUGACUAUUCGAUGCAGCAACAGCCUGGCUUUCCGAUGCAGCAACCGAAAAAGGAUUCUACACCACAGGAUCCUAAGCGUACUCAGGACAAUGAUUUCGUGUCGGGCUUCAUCAGGGACUUCUUGCCGGACAUCCUAACCGCACCUGACUUCAACGCCAGCAACUCGAAUCGCGCCAGCCCUUCGAGCCGCGGCAACAUGCUGUGAAUAGCCGGCGGGAAAUUGGAAUACUGUAGCAUAUGUAUCAUUUUUCAUCCGACUGUUAACGAUCGAAAAUUGAUACAAGUCCCCCAUUGGCGGGUUUUAUAAUUUACAAAAAACCGAACUUGUAUACUGCAGUAUAUUUCAUUUUUCAUCUAUGUACGUAAUAAUAAACAAACAUUUGUGAUGUAA